AUGGAACCUAUAAAAAUGCCUCUUUUGAUUUCCCAUUUCUGUUGCUCACUACUGGAUGUGAAAGUUUGCAGUCUGGUUACUCCGUAUCUAUUUCUUCCUUCUAUUGCUUUCUUGGGAUGUGGAAUCUUCACAUCGGUUGGGAUUUCUCAUAGAAAUCAGUUGGUUAUUUAUUUGAUUGUUUUGUUUGCUGUCUAUUUAUCAAUCCUAUUCUUAUUUGAAAAUCGAAACCGAUUCAAAAUUAAGAAACUGUCCAGCAAACUAGUUUUCUAUAUUGGCAACUAUCUAGUUUGCAUGUUAUCCAUGAAUCCAUUCAUUCAUACUCCUUCCAACCAGGAGCAUGCAAAACUUGAACUCCUCCAGCAAAAUCCUUGUCCCGCCCCUGAAUUUUUCUCCCCAGAUGUAUUUGUUUGGAUGAGCGAUACGAAUUGGAUCAAUUUCAUUUUCUUUGUAAAAUCAAAUCAAACUCGUAAUUUACAACGAAGAUUUUUUAUUGGUACAGUGAUACAGGCUGGAAUUCCAACUGCACUCAUUGUGAUACCGUAUGUGGUGGUGACUGGAGUUUCAGCAGUUGGAGGGAUUACUCAAAGUCUCACAAAUAGUCUUUUUAUAAUUAUUGGGCUUCAUGGAGUGGUGGAAAGUGCAAUAUAUUUUGAAAAGGAAUUGAAUUUUCAGCUGUUGAAGUCUCAGUUCCAGAGAGAAGUGGUUUAUAAGUUUUCGAAAGCUCUUACACCGAGGCAAUAA